AUCUGAUUUCAUUGUUCCUGAAAAUAUGUUUUUCUUACACAGGUGUUUUAUAUCUGGUGGCCCACUAUAAGCAGAGAGGAAUGAAGUCCAUCCCACAGGAUAUUGCCAAGACCUCCAUGCCACAGACAUGGCACAUCCCUCGCCAGGACAAAAUAUCCGGUAUGUCAGUACCGGAGAUAAAGGUUUCUGGAUACAAGAGUGAUGGAGAGGACAGGCCAGUGAAAUCAACCCUUUACAACCCCAUUAGGUCUACCCUUCCACCAUUGGAACCAUUUUUUUCAUCCCUGAAGUUAAAUCAUCCUGAUCUAUCACUAUUAACAACAGUUCCACAGACUGAUGAGCCAGCACCACCUUUUGUAAGAACUAAUUUUGGAUUGUUUCCUAAGGGUAGUACCAUCAGCCAUCAACAGAAAUUAUCUGGAAAUUAUCUGAUAAACAUUGUGGAUGGAUUUUAUCCUGAUUUACCCAUUAGUGCUGAGCAGACAGGAGAGAACAACUACAGCAGUGUGCUGACAGAGAGUCAGACAACUCUGCUAGACUCACUCAGUGUCAGUCAGGAUGAGGCUGUGGAGAUAGAGAAGGCUACCAGACUCCAGGCGCAGGACAAGAAGUGGGUUCGUCUGAGACGUCACAGGGUCACAGCUUCCAAAAUUGGAGAAAUUUCAAAGCGUAAAAAAGAACCAGAGAAGUUUGCAGAAAGACUGAGAUCUUCUUCUAGGACCGUCCUCACAGAGGCAAUGAGAGAGGGCAUUGCCAAUGAGCCUUUUGCAGUAGAGGCAUAUGGGAAGCUAAAGGAGGGCAAUGUGAAUAUAUAUCCCUGUGGGAUUGUAAUAAGUCCCAGAGCAGCAUGGAUGGCUGCUUCUCCAGACCGGAAGGUGCUAGACCCCAGCUCCAACCCUCCUUUUUGGUCUACUGGAGGUGAAGUGUCCAGACCUGCGGAAUAA